AUGCAGCAGCGCAAGUGUUUUUGGACGUUUACUACACUCUCGAAGUUAGAAAACUAUAAAUGUUGGUUAGCCGUUGGUGACCCUUGCAGGCGGGCAGGACCUCAGGAAAGCCCUCAGUGGCGUUUCCGCUGUGGCCGAAGGAUCGACUGACUGCCUGGCGGACCGACCGACUCUCUCUCUCUCUCUCUCUCUCUCUCUCUUUUUCGACUUACGGACAGGAUUUAGUGAUAUUUAUCUGCCUGCCAGCGUGGUCCCCCUGUCAUCUCCUCCUUCCUCCCAACGGCCAUAAAUCGAUAGGGUACCAUGUGUGACGAAGAUAGCUGCCCGCUUGUCGUGGACAAUGGCUCGGGCAUGGUCAAGGCGGGGUUCGCUGGCGACGAUGCCCCGCGUUCCGUCUUUCCAUCCAUCGUAGGCCGACCUCGCCACCAGGGCGUGAUGGUCGGUAUGGGUCAGAAAGACGCCUACGUGGGCGAUGAGGCCCAGAGCAAACGAGGCAUCCUGACCCUCAAAUACCCUGUAGAACACGGCAUCAUCACCAACUGGGACGACAUGGAGAAGAUCUGGCAUCACACCUUCUACAACGAACUCCGCAUCGCUCCCGAGGAGUGCGCCAUCCUGCUGACGGAGGCGCCUCUCAACCCAAAGGUCAACAGGGAAAAGAUGACCCAGAUCAUGUUCGAGACCUUCGGCGCCCCUGCGAUGUACGUCGCCAUCCAGGCCGUCCUUUCCCUCUAUGCCUCCGGCAGAACCACAGGCAUCAUCCUCGACUCGGGCGACGGCGUGUCUCACGUUGUGCCCAUCUGUGAGGGGUAUUGCCUGCCCCACGCCAUCACCCGCAUGGACUUGGCAGGUCGCGACCUGACGGAUUACCUGAUGAAAAUCAUGACGGAGAGAGGCUACUCCUUCACCACCAGCGCCGAGCGCGAGAUCGUCCGCGACAUCAAGGAGAAGCUGUGCUACGUCGCCCUCGACUUCGAGAGCGAGCUGAGCGUGGCGGCCGCUUCGACGUCCCUGGAGAAAUCCUACGAGCUCCCGGACGGUCAGAUCGUGACCAUAGGUAACGAGCGCUUCCGCUGCCCGGAGGCGCUUUUCAACCCGGCCAUGAUCGGGAUGGAGUGUGCCGGUAUCCACGAGACGGUCUACACCUCCAUCAUGAAGUGCGACGUCGACAUCAGGAAGGAUCUCUACGCCAACAACGUCCUCUCGGGAGGCACCACCAUGUACCCUGGCAUCUCGGACCGCAUGCAGAAGCAGAUCACGGACUUAGCACCGGCGGCGAUCAAGAUCAAGAUCAUCUCUCCCCCUGAGAGGAAGUACUCCGUCUGGAUCGGCGGUUCCAUCUUGGCUUCUCUGUCCACCUUCCAGGCGAUGUGGAUCACCAAGGAGGAAUACGACGACAGCGGACCUGGAAUCGUCCACAGAAAAUGCUUCUAAGUCUCUCUCUCUCUCUCUCUCUCUCUCUCUCUCUCUCUCUCUCUCUCUCUCUCUAAGUGCUUGUGAACCUGUUCCAUGCUCUGCUUCCAUAGUGAUAGCGUUAAUUUUAUUGUAAAGAAUUUAUUAAAUAAAUAUGCUAUAUUCAUAUAAUACUUACUUUCAAUGUUAACUACUUCGGUUGCUAUAUCAAAGAGACCAUAAUCAUAGGAUGACAAAAGUUGGUCCACAGAGCAUUUUAUUUAUUUAUUUAUUAUUAUUAUUAUUUUUUUGGCUGAGACCGACUUAGGCUUUGAAUUUUUCCCUGUUUCCUCCCUUCAUCAUCAAUCAUAUCAAUAUCCUGGUGGAUGAUUUUAAAUACUUAUAGAAUGAACGUGCCCAUUCAUAAUUAGCUUCAGGAGAUGUAUCAAGUAUGGUCAAGGGUAAUAACAAAAUUUUCCACUAUACUAUUAUUAUUAUUAUCAUUAUUAUUAUUACUCUUAUUAUUCGGAGGGUGUCAGUCGUGCGCAGGUGCCUUGAUUUUCACACCUGUGGAUAGUAUCCAGCAGGUAAAGUGGUAGUUAAUGACCAUACUCAAAAUUCUUUCCUGUUCGAGUGUCGGUGUAGUAUAUUCGGUAAGGUUGAUAUAUUAUUAUUAUUGGUUUUAUUGAAAAUGAUGGCUAUUUCA